AUGGCGAAUGGGAACAAUGGGAAUAAUGGAAAUAAUGGUCGGGGUAAUGGAGGUGGUAAUGCCCAUGGUAACGAAAAUCGCUUGAUGGGUCGGUUAGUAGAACAAUUCAUGAAGCUGAAGCCAUCCAAGUUUGAUGGCAAGGGAGAUCCCGAGGCCGCCCCUAGAUGGAUCAAGGAAUUAGAAAAGGCCUUUGAAGUUUUAGGGUGCACCGAGGCUGAAAAAGCCACCAAGGGAAGAGUUUUCCCUAAAGGCACUGUGCCAAAUUGGACUACCUUUGCUAAGGCCUUUAAUGCAAAGUAUUUCUCUAAGGCGGCCCAAAAGCGUAAGCUGGUUGAAUUUCGGAACCUGCGCCAGAAUCGGAUGACAAUCGAUCAAUAUGAAACCGAGUUCUCCAGAUUGUCCAAGUAUGCUCCAAGAAUGGUUGAGAACCCCGUGGAUAGGGCAAGGAGGUUUAGAGAUGGACCGAGGUCCGAUAUUCGCAGCCAGCUAGUGCUUCCGAAUUUGAAGGAUUAUGAUGAGCUGUACGAAAGAGGCCAGUUGGUAGAACGGGACAUGAGAGAAAGAGGAAUUGCGUUUGGACCACGAUUUACUCCUGCUAGGGAUAAUCGUCACUUUGGCAAGAGGCAUGUGACUAACAAUAGGCGUUUCGUCCCUUUUGUCAAGAAGAAUAUUGGGAAGCCAACGUAUCAAGCUAACUGGACUUGUCGGCUACGUGGACAGAAGCAUGGGAAUGGGCCUUGCCCAUGCAAGAUGGGAGUAUGCUAUAGUUGUGGCCAGCUUGGCCACCAUAAGAGGAAUUGCCCGAAUCAAGCUACGGGAACUCGGUUUCAAGUGCAACGAUCUCGGGCGGGACCUCAAGUUGGAGCUAUCCCGCAGGCUAAUCUGAAUAGACCGCCAACUCAAGGAAAAGGGUAUGUUGUGGCGUGCAAGGAGGCGGAGAAUGCGCCCGGCGUGGUCACAGGUAAGAUUUCUUUAUGUGACCAAGCUGCUUAUGCCUUAUUUGAUCCUGGAGCAUCGCAUUCUUUCAUGUCUGCACAAUUUGCUGAUUUGGCUGAAAUGGAAUUGAAACCAUUGGAUGUGAUAUUGCAUGUUACCACCCCUUUAAAGGAUAAGGUGCUAGUCUCGUUAGGAUGCCAGAAUUGUAAGAUAGUUAUUGGUGGUAGCGAAGAGCCGAUAGACUUAGCAGUAUUGGCCAUGUAUGACUUUGAUGUUAAUAUUGGUAUGGAUUGGUUGGCUAAGCAAAAGGCUGUAGUGGAUUGUGGUAGCGGGGUGAUCCAAUUCCAUCCGAUUGGUCGCCCUAGAUUCGAAUUUGCAGGAAGUCAAGGAGGAAUCUCGAUCCCUUUAAUCUCGUCACUUGAGGUGACUAAGUUGAUAGAUGAAGGAUGUGAAGCUUAUCUGGCUGUUGUAGUUGAUCCGACAACCGAAGAGGCUAAGCUAGAUGGUAUAGCUGUGGUGCACGAAUUUCCCGAUGUCUUUCCUCAAGAAUUACCGGGAUUGCCAUCCGAAAGGGAAGUAAAGUUUAUGAUUGAGUUAGCCCCCGGGACGGAACCAAUCUCGAAGGCACCCUAUAGGAUGUCCUUAUCGUAG